CUGAGGGUUUCAGCUACACGCGGGCGGAGUGCCAGCCCGCCAUGGUGCAGGCCAUGCACAGUUUUGUGCCCCCGACAGAUAAUCGGCGGGCACAAGCGUUCGUGCAGCAGCAUGGCGCCCAGGUCGCCAUGAUCAAGCUGAUGGAUGCAUUCAACUACGCUGUGGCGCUCUACGAGAGCAAUCAGGCGGCUCGUACGCAAAACAGCGAGCUCGGUUCCAAGUGCAAGCAACUGGCUGCUGAGAAGGCCAGCCUUGUGGACGAUGUGAAUCAUCUGCAGGGCUCUGAAAUGGCGAACCGAGCCGCGGCUGUUGAGAGCCUGGUGGACGAGCUCGCCAAUAAGAUCAAUGAGCUCAACGAGGAGCUAGAGCGCGCCCGGGCCGAGCGAGAGAGUGGAAUUCAAGCAGCCAAGGAUGAGGCCGGCCGGGUUGAAGAGCGGGCAAAGAAGGCUGAGGCCGAUAGGGAUCAUGCUCAGCACGAGCUGAGCUCCCUUAGGCACCAGGUCGCCGAGGCGGACCGAAACCUUACUACAGCCGGGGAAGCGCUGAACGAGCUGAAGGCUUCCCAUGCCCGCUCUGUCGCCAUCGCCCGGGCUCAAGGGGCAGAAUGGUUCGUCGGCUCGGCUGCGUUUCAGGACGCCGUGGCGGUGGCGUCUGCAAAUGUAACCACGGAGAUCUACAAUGAGAUCCGUGGGAAAGUACUGCAGCACCGCCCGGAUUUUCCAAUACGCGAGCUGGUCUUCUUUGACGAGGAGGAGCUGGACGAGCAGGGUAAGAGCCUUGCUCCCCUCGCUGAUGCAACUGUGAGGUUGAGAUGGGAUUUGAACGAGGAGGGCGUGCCCGUCUGGCCACCGUCCAUUCUGGAGGAUGGGGAGGACCCAGUAGGACUGCCCUCAUUCGAUGCAUGGGUAGAGGGUGCUCCUGUGGCUGAGCAAGAGCCUUCAAGCACCCCACCCGACUCUCAGCCCGCCAUGGCGCUGCCCGCCGAAGUACCAGCUGCCGAGCCUGCUGCUCGUUCGUCUCCACCAGCUCGCUCCUCUCCCCCAACGGCUGAUGCAUCCAUGCCUGUCGACCUGACGGACGAUUAGGCUUUGAUUUUGUUGUUUCUUUUGUAUUUGUUUUUGUUCUUCAUUAUUUUUGGUAUUCGAUCAAAGGAUCUACCCUCGAUGUAUGCUAAAUGUAAAAACUUUGAUGAAAUGCGAAUAUGAGUUUCCUGUUGAAAUUGUUGUGUUC